GCGCCCACUCCCUUCACAGCCAAGCAACUCUCGAUCCUAAUCAGCUCCCUCGCUUUAGCUCGCUCGCUAGCUAGCUCGAGAGGCAGCGUCUGUGCUGCGAUGGCAACCGCCAAUGUCCUCCUCCUCCUGCUCUGCUCCGCCGUCUGCUUCCUCGCCCGCCGGGCCGCCGGCGACUACGGCGGGUGGCAGAGCGCCCACGCCACGUUCUACGGCGGCGGCGACGCGUCCGGCACAAUGGGCGGGGCGUGCGGGUACGGGAACCUGUACAGCACCGGGUACGGCACGAACACGGCGGCGCUGAGCACGGCGCUGUUCAACGAUGGCGCCUCCUGCGGGCAGUGCUUCGAGCUGCGCUGCGACAACGCCGGGGCGUCGUGCCUGCCGGGCACCAUCACCGUGACGGCCACCAACUUCUGCCCGCCAAACUACGGCCUCCCCAGCGACGACGGCGGCUGGUGCAACCCGCCGCGCCCGCACUUCGACAUGGCCCAGCCAGCCUUCCUCCAGAUCGCCCAGUACCGCGCCGGCAUCGUGCCCGUCGCCUACAGGAGGGUGCCGUGCGUGAAGAAGGGCGGGAUCCGGUUCACCAUCAACGGCCACUCCUACUUCAACCUGGUGCUGGUGACCAACGUGGCCGGCGCCGGCGACGUGCAGUCCGUGUCCAUCAAGGGCUCCAGCACUGGGUGGCAGGCCAUGUCCCGCAACUGGGGCCAGAACUGGCAGAGCAACUCGCUCCUCGACGGCCAGGCCCUCUCCUUCAAGGUCACCGCCAGCGACGGCCGCUGCGUCACCAGCAACAACGCCGCGCCCGCCGGCUGGUCGUUCGGCCAGACCUUCGAAGGCAGCCAGUUCUAGCCGCCCCCCGCGCCCGCUCGAUGCAGGGCGUAGAGUAUUUGUUUAUUCCCGUACGUGACGACGAGGAUCGAUUUGCAUUCGUAGUGUGAGCGACAGGAGAAGGAAGGAAACCGGCCUCUUCGUUGUAGUAAAAGAAGAGCCCGCCGGCCAUUCUGAGGCUGCUUAUUAGCACCCGCUUAGGCCUUUCCUUCUCUGAUGAUGAUGAUAGGAUUAAGUUAUUUUUCUGCACCAGUGAUCGUUGUAGCCUUGGGUUAAGGAGAAAAAAAGACCUUGCAGGGCUGAUUAUUGUAGGGCUAGCUGCAGGGGAGUGUGUGUGGUGUCGUGUAACUUUUGUUGUUACAUUGUAACCCCAGAAGCGAUCCCAGAGCCACAUGGGGUGGGAGAUGUUUGUGGGGGGAUUGCGCCUUUGGGACCGUGAACAAUGCUUGUUUAUGGUCUAUACUUAUGCGGUAUAUAUGGUGUGCUUGUGCUUUAAUCUUCA